GCCUGGAGCUGGGCUGGGGCAGGACACAGCGGUGUAAAGAUCCAGGAGCCAGGCGCACCUGCUCCGGUCUUGAACCUUCCCCACACAGUGGGACAGAAAGACUCUCGGAGCCCCACGGAUGGGAUGGCCUGUCCGUGGUCGUGGUGGUGGGGGGGUGCUUCCACAGAACCUCCUCGAACAGCAGUGGCAAGGAGGGUGUGGCAGAGGAGCAUACGCUUGCAGCCGCCUAGUGCGCCCCGCCAUCCUCACCCCGAUCUUCCGAGAAAAGAAGGUGCUGCGCGGCAGGGCCGCGGGAGGGGAAGCCGGGCCGCCUGUAAGUUGCGCGGGCAGCUUUCCCUCGGCGGCCCGGUCACACCACUCGGCAACUGGAUGCGACCGGGGCCCUGCAGCCCCGAAGCCCCGGAACCCCUGAACCUUCCGUGUCUGUUGGGUCCCGAGGAGGGGGGAGUGGCCGGAGCGGGAGAGAAGGGGCUGAAGGCAGGCGCCCCUGGAGAUGCCUCCGCAGAGCUGGACUCAUCCUCCUGCCCCGAGAGACCCUCCGCCUACCGUGGCUGCCCAGGCCUGGGGAGGACGCCCCUAAACCCACUCCCGCAGGACCCCUCCCGCCCCGCGCAAUGGGCGGGGCUCCGCCCCUCCAGAUGCUGCGGCCCCUUUAAAGGCGCGGGCCGGGACGCCUCCUCUCCAGGCCACUUAGAGCCGCGCCCGCGGCCACCUGGGUCUUGCCAUGGCGUCGCCGGCCAUCGGGCAGCGCCCGUACCGCUUGCUCCUGGACCCCGAGCCUCCGCGUUACCUGCCUAGCCUGGGUGGCCCCGAGCCGCCGCCUCCCGGCCGCUCCUCGCGCCUCUGCAUCCCCGCGCCCCCGCCCCCGGCGACCGGGCAGCGCGAGGGGCGCGGCGCCCGCACAGCUGCCCCGGGAGCCGCACAACCCCCGGCUCGGGCCCCGCGCCCUGCGCGCCCGCUCCGGCCCGGGCUGCAACAGAGGCUGCGUCGGAGACCCGGAGCGCCGCGGCCCCGCGACGUGCGCAGCAUCUUCGAGCAGCCGUGGGUUCCCCGCGUCCCGGCGGAGCGAGGCGAGGGCCACUGCUUCGCGGACCUGGCGCUACCGAGUAGCCGCGGCUGGUGCGACCUAUGCGGCCGCGAGGUGCUGCGACACGCGCUGCGCUGCGCCCACUGCAAAUUCACCUGCCAUCCAGAGUGCCGCUGCCUGAUCCAGCUGGACUGCAGUCAGCAAGGAGACACAUCGAGAGACAGACCCUCUCCAGAAAACACCCUCACUACCACCUUCCACCAGAAUGUCUGUAAAACUGUGGAGGAGACACAGCACCUGCCCACACUACAGGAGAUCAAGCAGAAGAUUGAGAGCUACAACAGCCGGGAGAAGAACUGCCUGGGCAUGAAGCUGAGCGAAGAUGGCACCUACACGGGUUUCAUCAAAGUGCACCUGAAACUUCGGCGGCCGGUGACAGUCCCUGCCGGAAUCCGGCCCCAGUCCAUCUAUGACGCCAUCAAGGAAGUGAACCUGGCAGCUACCACGGACAAGCGGACGUCCUUCUACCUGCCACUUGAUGCCAUCAAGCAGCUGCACAUCAGCAGCACCACCACAGUCAGUGAAGUUAUCCAGGGGCUGCUCAAGAAGUUCAUGGUUAUGGACAAUCCCCAGAAGUUUGCCCUUUUUAAGCGGAUACACAAGGACGGUCAAGUGCUUUUCCAGAAGCUCUCUGUGGCCGACUGUCCCCUUUACCUGCGCUUACUUGCAGGGCCUGACACUGAUGUCCUCAGCUUUGUGUUAAAGGAGAAUGAAACUGGAGAGGUGGAGUGGGAUGCCUUCUCCAUCCCUGAGCUCCAGAACUUCCUAACAAUCCUGGAAAAAGAGGAGCAAGACAAAAUUCAACAAGUGCAGAAGAAGUAUGACAAGUUUAGGAAGAAACUAGAAGAAGCCUUAAGAGAAUCCCAGGGCAAGCCUGGCUAACCGGUCUUUCUUCCUCUCCCCAUGCCCAUGGAUUUAUUUUUACUAUUAAUUAUUUUGCAACAGACACUUUUUCUCAGGACACCUCUGGUAGGUACAUUUGUGCCCAGCCAGCCAGACUCUGGUGGCCACAUGCUUGUGAGGGAUUGUGCCCUUCUGCACACUGCCACGAAGCAGCAAGACCUUCAGUCAUCCUCGUGCCAUCUGCAAGCCUUUCACAAACCAAAUAGUUGUCUCUCUCAUUACCAAACUGGAACUGUUCACACUAGCUGAAAAAAGAGAGAGAAAAGGUUUCAGAGCUCUGUGUUCUUUUACUGGUUUUCAUUCUUCAGUUCUCACUUUGCCACCACAGUACCUUUAUUUAUAAGUCAGAAGUUAUAGUGUAUUCCUCAGCAGGUCUGAACUAAGCCCUGAGAAGCAGAAUAGUGCUCAUAAAAAGGAUUGCCCCUCUGUCUCAAGGUGCUCAUUAUUCAUGCUUAAGAGAAGGUCAUAAAGACAAUGGCCACGAUGCUCAGGUAAGGAGCACCAAAGCUGAAGUCAGCCCAGACAUUUCCAGAAAAGCUGCAGCCUGCCCUGGCCUCAUCACCCAAGAGUCUGUGCUUAUGUAAACCCAAAGGCAUCUGCAUCUGCAUCUGUGUGGUACUAGGCAACUGUUUAAGUUACCAGAUUAAAUUUAAUAUUAACAUCAUUCUCAUGUGUUCCCAUCAAAGGGAAACCAGCCAUUUAUGUUAAAUGACAAGCAUGGAAAUCAGAUUGUCAGUGGGAGCCCAAAAGCACUGCUGAGAACUAUGCCCAGGCUGUCUCCAGCUUCCCCCCACACACUGGAAAAUAAGAGAGGGUCUGCCUGACUUGGUUUCCCCCUUGCCCUCCUGCACUGCCUCUCUUUUCCCACUGGGAUUCCAGAAUUCAUCCCCAGAUGCUGCCAGAGGAAUUGCCUUGGUUACAGAGGGGCAAUCUUCCACUCAGCCAACCCAGAGACUUUUCUAUAAGAAGCACAGGCCAUGAUGCUAUAGGCUCAGUGAGCACAGGCCAUGAUGCUAUAGGCUCAGUGAGCUUUCAAGCCUGGCCUCUCCACUGACUUCAGUGCCUUUUUGUUUUCCGAGAAAGGAGUAGGGUGUGAUUGCUUGAAGCCCUAUUGCUGGCUUGCUAUCAGGAAAUGGACAGCAGCAGUGUGGGUGGGGGACAAGACCAGGAGAGCCCUCCAUCACUGAGUUCCUAGGCUUUGACUUCAAGAAAUGAAUUCAAACAAUAUUGACAGGGAAGAUCAGAUUUCCCGCUCUACAUUUGUAAUGUAUGCACUCAACCAGGUGCACCACCACCUGGCCCCUCCCACUCUACAUUUGUACUGCCUUCUUGGUUAGGUUCUUAAACUUCAAAGAAUAAAAAAAUCAUAUAACUCAAGUAGCCAGGCUGCAAAAACAUUCCAGUGCAGAGGGACAAGGACUGGUUUUCCAAUCCAGCCUCUGAGAAACCAUUUCUUUGCUGUCCUUUGCCUUGCCAAGUUCCACUAGGGUUGCUUCAAGCCCAAGUUUCUUUGUGUAUCCUCUGACGUUCCCUCGCUGACCUUUGCUAAGUCCCUACCACCUAAGGAGGUUCGAUCCCACGUGAGCUACGUACUGUCCUUAGAGUUGCAAAAGCAAGAUAAGCUAGCAGGUUUAGAAGGUUUUUUGAAACCACAAAAAGCUCUGGAUAUCUCAUUUCAUACUCAGCCUUAUCACUUCCAUCAGAAAAAAAAAAAAAGUUUCUCUCCUCCUGCUGUAUAUUACAAGGAGUGGAUAGAGAGUUCUUUUCCCUUCAUGCUGCAUGUCUUUAACAUGAAUAGAAGGUACAGCUCCUGCUGCAACUGCUGUGAAUGCUGCUGAGAAUCUCCUGCUGAUGGGGAUGGCUAUUUUAUUUUUGAGAAAGAAAUCCAUGUACAAAUAUACAUAAAGGCAUAGUGCUAUAUAUAAAGAGGUGGGAUGUUUAUUUAAUAAGAAAAUUAUGGGGAAAUUCAGAUUUUAUCUAAAUUAGUUAGACCCUAAAGCCACACAGAGGACUUGAGCCUCUGAAGUGUGUGUGGAAAGUAUCUCUCCCCUCCCCAAGGUGGGUAUGACUGAUGGUAGUGCCUUCUAUCAUUGUGUUGUCCAGUGUGCCCAUGUUCAUUUUCAGGAUAUUUUCUUUUUAAAUGUCUUAUAUGGGUUUUUUUAUGUAAUAAAAACUUGUUGCAAAAAUUA